CACCACUCUCUCUCUCUCUCUCUCUCUCUCUUCCGAAUCCUCCCGCUUCUCCCCAGCUACUAUAAAAGGCAUCUCUCACCUUCUCCGGCCACUAACCUACCGGGAAAACCCUAACCCUAGCUCUAAACCUAGGCUUAACCAUGCUCCGAUCUCUCCACCUCCCUCUCCUCCGCUUCGCCCUCUCUCCCUUCCAUCGAUGCAACCCUAGCCGCAUCCCUUCCUCUCGCGCGAUCGCCUCCCUCUCCAAAUCCCCCGCGAUCGCCCCUUCGAACGCCUUUUUUCUCGCCUCCUCCUCGCGUUCGCGCUCACGCAGCGUCUCCGGAGCGUUUCGCACGUGUUCGGGAGGUUCGGAGACGAAUCCUGAUGGGAAUAUCGCCGCCGCGCCAUCGCCUUCGGUAGGUAAUCCCAAUAUUCGUUUCUGUCAAGCUUGUGGAAGUCCAACUAAGCAAGUUAUACCAGACGGAGAAGAGAAGGUGAGAUCAGUUUGUACGGGCUGCGGGAGAAUCCAUUAUGAAAACCCCAAAAUGGUGGUUGGUUGCCUUGUGGAGCACGAUAACAAGGUUUUGCUAUGCAGGAGGAAAAUUGAACCAUCUUAUGGGCUCUGGACGCUCCCUGCUGGUUAUGUGGAGGUUGGGGAGUCCGCUGCAGGAGGAGCAAUCAGGGAAACCUUAGAAGAAGCUCGUGCUGAAGUAGAAAUACUUUCACCUUUUGCUCAGUUAGACAUUCCUCGGAUCGGCCAAAGUUAUAUCAUUUUCCGAGCGAGAUUAAAGACGCCCGACUUUUCGCCAGGCCCGGAGUCACUAGAAUGUGCACUUUUUGCCAUAGAUGAUAUACCAUUUCAUUCUCUAGCAUUUUCAUCAGUCAUUGUUACCUUGAAGAUGUACAUUGAAGAUAUUAAGGCUGGAAAGCUCAAAUUCCACUACUGCACUAUAAACAAGAGGCCAGGCGCGAGUCCAUCUGACCUCCGCACUUUUGAUAUAGACUACCAUCUGCAUUCAUAAGCCUGGUGCAUUUUGUUACGUGCUGAAACAUACUGCUACGUGCCAGAUGAACACGUGCCAGAUGAACACAUGGACACUGCAUCUCACAAGAUUCAGGUCAGUGGUUUGUAGCUUCCAUUAUAGAAGCCCUCUUUGUUGUGUUAUGUUAACCAGAUGCUAAUACCUAAAUGUUUGAUUGACGUGUUUGUGAACUCAAAGCUGAUGUUCUCUUGUACCAGGUUAAGACGCCCUCAACUAUAGGCCAUCUCUAAAUGGGGCCCUCUUUUUCUUUUUUUUGGGAUCGGCACGCCAUUUGACGUUUUGUUGUGAUUUGAGUUAUUUUUGUUUGUUAAGCUUUAGAUAAUUGAAUAGCUCUGUUAGCUAUUAGCCAUUAAUUGUUCAAGUUUUAGAAAAAUAAUAAAAGCCAUUAAAUUUAAUGGAAUCGUUGAUGAA